ACAAGAUAUAAUAAAAAAAAGAAGACAAGCAACAGAUGUUGACAGCUUCCUCAUUGUGUUCUUCAACUCAGAUUAAUGGCUUCGGAGGAGGACUUGGGGUUCUAAGAACUCAUGUCUCUCAACCCAACACACUUACUUUCACAAGGAGGAGAAUUUCUACAGUAGUGAAGGCAACGGCUCGAGUCGAUAAAUUCUCGAAAAGCGAUAUCAUUGUUUUUCCAUCUAUUCUCUCUGCUAAUUUCGCGAAGUUGGGGGAGCAGGUGAAAGCAGUAGAAGUGGCAGGCUGUGAUUGGAUCCAUGAUGUAAUGGAUGGCCGAUUUGUUCCUAACAUUACAAUUGGACCUCUCGUAGUUGAUGCUUUACGACCAGUAUUUGGUUUUUGAUGAUUGUGGAACCUG